AUGGCCGAGCGCGCGCGAUCGCGGAGCCCGCUCCCUGGAGGGGAGAACGCAUCCAACCCACACGCGUCUGCCACACGAUGGCGACACCAGGAGUCGACCGCAUUCAACAGGUACGCCGGCAGCCACCCCGCCGCGGAAGCUCGAGAUCCCACUGCGAGUGGCACGACUGGUGAUCUGGCGAAUUUCAUCAACAAGACCUCCCGUGUCGAGCCCGAGGGCGACGGUGUAGGGCCCCAUCAAUCUGUAAUGGCUGCCGCUGGCCAUGUCGACGAGGGCAAUGGCUUGCCCCAAGAUGCCCCCGAGGAUGGUCGUGUAAACGGCUCUACCGAUGGCAAGGAAAUUGUCUGCGGCCCGCUACUCAACUAUCGCCAGAUGGAGAACGGCCAAUGGCAUGGUAGUGUCCUCGUUGUUGUGAAGGGAGGCGGCCAGGAUGUUCUGUUCGCACCAUCGCUGAUCCUGCGACGGGUCGGUGUUCGGGGCGGGCUGCCGACACCAGAGAGCCAGGCCAAUGGUGAUGUUGGCGACGAGAGCGGAGGCUCACGAAUUGAGUCCCAGCGCCUCUAUUCCGACCCGCGCAACACCUUCUGGCAAUUUGAUAUUGUCGCCCCUCUGGAGCCAAGCGAGGUCAAGUACGAGUAUUUCCUCCCCGAGCUGCGCUUCGUGAGCGACCACAAGCCCGCGAAGAACAACUUUUUCAUCCCUGCGAUCGACGAGUCGAUGCGCAUCAUGUUCCAUUCCUGCAAUGGUUUCAGUGUCGGAACCGACGAAGAUGCUUGGAGUGGUGCUGCGCUCUGGAAUGACGUGAUAAGGAAGCACGAGGCUGCUCCGUACCACGUCAUGUUGGGUGGUGGUGAUCAGAUCUACAAUGACGGCAUCCGAGUCAACGGACCUUUGCGGCCGUGGACCGAGAUUUCGAACCCCCAGAAGCGUAGAGACUUCCCUUUCCCAGGCAAGCUCCGAGCCGAGUGCGAUGAUUAUUAUUUGAAGAACUACAUCCGGUGGUAUAAUACGGAGCCGUUUUCGACCGCCAACGGACAGAUACCCCAGGUUAAUAUCUGGGACGACCAUGAUAUUAUCGAUGGUUUUGGUUCAUACACUGAUCAUUUCAUGCGAUGCGAUGUGUUCCGUGGCAUUGGCGGUGUUGCUCACAAGUAUUACCUGCUAUUCCAGCACCAUCUGCCCCCUCCCGCGUCGACGUACACGUCAGACCAUGUGGCCUUGGACGGUGCAGGCCAGGGGCCUGACCCAAACCAGCUCAUCAACACAUUUGUGGCACCGCGCAAGGUAGAGCCCUGUUACAUUGUCGGUACAAAGGCCGGCCCAUAUGUAGCAGAGCAUUCGUAUAAUCUAUACACUCGGCUGGGUGCUCGUAUGGCCCUCAUUGGUCUUGAUGCUCGAGUUGAGCGUACACGCCAUCAAAUCAACUACCCAGAGACAUACGACUUGAUCUUUGAUAGAUUGCAUAAAGAGUUGCGUGCUGCUGCCGAUGCAGGUCAGCCGAUAAAGCACCUGAUCGUGCUACUCGGAAUUCCUAUUGCAUAUCCACGUUUGACAUGGUUGGAAAACAUUCUUCGCAGUCCCCUUAUCGGGCCAGUGAAGCUGAUGCACAAGCGAUUUGGUGUUGGUGGUGGUUUGUUUAACCACUUUGACGGCAGCCCUGAUCUGUUGGACGACCUGGAUGACCACUACACGGCCAAGAUUCAUAAGUUGGAACGCCUCGGCUUGAUUGAAAGACUGCAGCAGGCCUCGGCUGAGUUCUCUGUCCGCACUACCAUUUUGGGAGGCGAUGUUCACUUGGCUGCCUUUGGGCGUUUUUACUCUAACCCCAAGUUGAAGAUCCCCGCCGAGGAGGACAGUCGUUACAUCACCAAUGUGGUUUCUUCAGCUAUUGUGAACAAGCCACCCCCACAGGCAGUUGCGAACUUGCUCGCGAGAAGAAACAAGAUCCAUCACCUCAACUCAGACACCGACGAGACGUUGCUCAACCUCUUUGACAAAGAUCCCGGAACGUCGAACAAGACGGCAGGCUCUAAUCACUGUACAAUGCCGAGCCGCAACUUCGCUUCUCUUACAGAGAACUCGCCCAACAACCCGGGUGCUUCAGCGAACGGGAGUGUUGGCGAGGCUCCCCACAACGAGAAGCCAUCGUUUUUAGGCAAGGACGGGCACCACCCCUUGCACGAGGGCGAGCUUGGGGCUGGAACGAAGCACAGGUCUGCAUCGAUUGAGACGCACGGUAAAGGCAGCGACGGUAGCUUGGACAUCCGCAUCAACGUGGAGAUUGACCAGCAUGACCGUCAAGGGUUUACAGAAGGCUAUGGCCUUACCGUUCCUCUGCUCCGGUACCAGAAGGCUGCUAUCUCGGCAUCAGCGGCAGCUGAAUCAGCAGCUCCAGCGGCCUCUGCACAAUAG